AUGGGCAAGCGAGAGGUGCGCGCGGGGGUGAGUCCCGCGGAGCGGGAGGAGCGGAUGCGCGCGGCGAGGGAAAUGGCUAAGGAGCUCCCCAUCUCUGCAGGUAUGGCAUUCCCAUGGGUGCAGGUACGGCAUUCCCAUGGGUGCAGGUACGGCAUUCCCAUGGCUGCAGGUACGGCAUUCCCAUGGGUGCAGGUACGGCAUUCCCAUGGCUGCAGUGCAGCAGCAGCUGGUGGAGGAGGUGCGGGCGGCACACACACUCGUGGUGGUGGGCGAGACCGGCAGCGGCAAGACCACUCGUCAGUCCCUCCUUCCCCCGCCCGCCCUCUCUUGCCCUCUCCUCCUCUCUUGCCCUCUCCUCCUCUCUUGCCCUCUCCUCCUCUCUUGCCCUCUCCUCCUCUCUUGCCCUCUCCUCCUCUCUUGCCCUCUCCUCCUCUCUUACACUUAUCCUCAAGCACCCUCGUCAGUCCCUCCUCCUUGUGCCCAGUGCCCACCCACUCCAGCCGCUCUCCCCACGCCACGGAUCACCAUCACAAUAUCCUGCUCCCACUCUACCACUCCGUCCCUCCCUUCUCCCCUUCUCCUUCCCCAGAGGGCCCCAUCCUCCACUCGUCGCUCCAUUUACACGCAACACUGCCUGACACUUAUCACUCACCUUGCCUCCCUCUCUUUGCCAUCUCCACUUCCCUCUGUAUCCCUCCCCCCCAGAGCUCCCCCAAGCUCCCACAGUUCAUCCUCUCAUCGGGCCUGCUCGCCCCACACCAAGCCAUCGCCGUCACACAGCCGCGCAGAGUGGCAGCAGUGACGGUGGCGGCGCGCGUGGCGGAGGAGAGGGGCGUGGGCGUGGGGCAGGAGGUGGGUUACAGCGUGCGAUUCGAGGACGUCACCAGCUCGCACACGCGCAUUAAAUAUCUUACCGAUGGCAUGCUUCUCAGGGAAGCACUUUUGGACCCUCUUUUGAAGCGGUAUGGCGUGGUGGUGGUGGACGAGGCCCACGAGCGCACUGUGAACACGGACGUGCUGCUGGGCCUGCUGCAGCAGGUGCAGGCCCGCCGCCAUGUGCUCGCCACAGGGCAGGCGGGUGUAGGGAUGGGUGGGCAGGGGCAGAAGGGGAAGGUGGUGGGCGGUGGGAGAGAGGCGGAGGAUGGGGACACGGGGAGGCGGAAGGGGAAGAAGAGGCGGAGAGGAGAGGAGGGCAGGGAGGGAGAAGCAGACAGAGAGGCGGACGGGCAGAUUGGGGAGGCUGCUGCAGGCACAGGCACAGGCACAGGCGUAGUGGCAGGUGCAGGUGCAGGUGCAGGCACAGGUGCAAGCGAGGGCGAGUUGAAGCUGAUAGUCAUGUCGGCUACCCUGGAGUCGCGCAAGUUCCUCGACUUCUUCCCCGGCGCCCACGCUGUGUACAUCCGCGGCAGGCAGCACCCCGUGCAGGUGCUCUACACUCCCGCCCCCGAGCCUGACUUUCUCGACGCAGCGCUGGUAACCGUGUUACAGAUACACACGGAUCACCCUCUAGAGGGUACAGCCCCGGGGCAGGCGGGGGAUAUUCUCGUGUUUCUCACGGGGCAGGAGGAUAUAGAGGCCAUGGCCAGGCUGCUGCAGGAACGUGCGGCGAAGCUUCCUCCCGGGACGCCGCCACUGGCGGUGGCGCCCAUCUAUGCGGCGCUGCCGGCGGAGCAGCAGAUGAACGUGUUCCGCCCCGCACCCGCUGGGUCCAGAAAGUGCCGUGUGCUCCUAUCAGCUCUUUCCUCUCAUCUCUGCCCGUCGUCCCUCCAGCGUUCACCUUUCGACUGCUUCCACCACUCUGCUCGUUCCCCCACCCAGCAUCGCACACUCCUGUCCACACCCAGCAUCGCACACUCCUGUCCACACCAGGCGUGUGGUGUGAAAUGGAAGCAAGCAAGCCUUCCUCCUCUCCCUCACUCUUUCCCCCCCGCUCCAAUCCCCUCCCUCUGCCUGCACCCAACCUCCCCCACCCUCUGCAUGCCGCUCGCUCCUCUCCCCCAGGUCGUUCUAGCGACCAACAUCGCCGAGACGUCAGUGACGAUCCCAGGCAUCCGCUUCGUGGUGGAUGCGGGGCUGGUGAAGGCGCGGGCGUUCAACUGCCGCACGGGUGUUGACUCGCUGGUGGUCGUGCCCGUGUCCAAGGCACAGGCCCGCCAGAGAAGGUGCGCGGAGGUGGAGGGUGGGAGGCAUGGGUGCGCGGAGGAGGUUGGUACAUGCAGUGCGGGAAGGCAAGCAGGAGAAGGCAAGGGCAUUCAACCGGUGUUGACUGGCUCGUCGCUGUGCCCAUGUCCAAGGCGCACGGCCGCAGGCCCCCCCAGAGAAGGGGCGGGGAGGGGGGGGGGGUAUGCAUGGGCGGAGGGAGGUGCGGGGAGGUUGGGUUGGGUGGUUCGAAAGUGGGCAGAGGAAGGAGGUGGGAGCAACUGUGGGCUGAGAAGGUCGGGGGCAUGUGGUGGGGGUGGGGGAACACUGCAUGUGGUUUUAUUAUCCUCAUCUCAACCUCCAGGCAUCACUGGUGAAGCACCGCGCUCGACUCCCUCCCUCCAUGCCUCCAUUGCCUCCCUCCCUCCAUGCCUCCAUCCAUUGCCUCCCUCCUUCCAUGCCUCCAUCCAUUGCCUCCCUCCCUCCAUGCCUCCAUCCAUUGCCUCCCUCCCUCCAUGCCUCCAUCCAUUGCCUCCCUCCCUCCAUGCCUCCAUCCAUUGCCUCCCUCCCUCCAUGCCUCCAUCCAUUGCCUCCCUCCCUCCAUGCCUCCAUCCAUUGCCUCCCUCCCUCCAUGCCUCCAUCCAUUGCCUCCCUCCCUCCAUGCCUCCAUCCAUUGCCUCCCUCCCUCCAUGCCUCCAUCCAUUGCCUCCCUCCCUCCAUGCCUCCAUCCAUUGCCUCCCUCCCUCCAUGCCUCCAUCCAUUGCCUCCCUCCCACGUUCCAUCCGCUCCUGCAGUGGGCGAGCGGGCAGGGAGGCGCCGGGCAAGUGCUACCGGCUGUACACAGAGGGCACGUUCGACGCGCUGCCAGAGGCGCCCGUGCCGGAGAUGCUGCGCUGCAACCUCGCUGCUGUCGUGCUGCAACUCAUCGCCCUCGGGGUCAAGGACCUGCUCUCCUUCCCCUUCCUCGACCCGCCACCGCAGGCGCCAAUACUGUGGGCGCUGGAGCAUCUGGCGGCCAUACUGCGAGCUUUGGAGCAUCUGUUCUCGCUGGGAGCGCUCACACCAGACGGGAGCCUGUCGCCACAGGGGAAACACAUGGCGCGCUUCCCCCUCGACCCCGUCUUCGCCAAGGUGGGUGGGCGAGUUCAUGCUGAGGUGGGUGAGCGAGUGCACACAGGUGAGCACACAGCAGGUGACCAAUGCGCCGUGCUUGUGCCGCGGGGAAAGAGCAUGCUCCUCCUCACCAUCCGCUCCUUCAUCGACAGUGCUGCUGCAGGCCCGGCAGCCAUACUGGAUGCGUAUGGCCUUGGGUCAGCAGCAGUGGCAGGCGACAUGGUGGUAGCAUCGAGCACACGAAAGCGACCAUUCCCAGUUUCCAUGCUUGUUAUCCACCCAGCCGUCACUGUCACUCUUUCCACUCCACCUCCCUCGCCCCCCCCACCUCACCAGGCCAUACUGGAAGCAUAUCGACUGGGGACAGCAGUGGCGGCGGACAGCAUGUGGCAGCAGCAGGCACAACCAUCCUCUGCACUCGUUAUGCUCACACCCAUCAUUGUCCCUCGCUCCCUCCGCUUCCCCCCCUUCCCUUCCCCUCCUCCACAGGCCAUACUGGAGGCAUAUCGCCUUGGAUCAGCAGCAGUGGCAGACGACAUGGUGGCAGCAGUGGCCAUGCUCUCUGUGGACUCGCCCUUCCAUACGCCCUCGCAUGCUGCUGCUGAGGCUCACGCUGCCCGAAAGAGAUUUUUCUGCCCGGAUGGCGACCAUCUCACGCUGGUGAACGUUCUGCGGGGUUAUCUGGCAGCGGGCAGCCAAAACACCGAGGCUGAUGACGUGGCAGAUGACGGGAGCAACAAAGAUGGGAGUCGUGGUGGGGGUCCGGGGUUUGGGCGACAGGCGAAGGCGAGGGAGGGGAGGGUGCGGGCAUGGUGCAAGGCACACUACCUCAAUGGACGCUCUCUAAAAAAGGCAGCAGAUGUGUAUCGGCAGCUGCAAGCGUACUGUCACGGCCUCUCUCUACCUGUUGUCUCCAACUCGCCUCUACCUCCAUCGUCGUCAUCAGGACUCGCGGCCACGGGCACAGCAGCAGCAGCAGCAGCGCAGCGGCGGGACGAGUCGGUUGCGUUUCGCCGGGCGCUGACAGCAGCCUUCUUUGCCAACGCUGCCAAGAAGCAAGCCGACGGCACAUACAGAUGUGCGCAUGAGAAUGCAGUGAUAGCCUCACGCACCCUCAUGCGCACACCACUCUCAGGUGCUGUGCUCUCAGGUGCCAUGCUCUCAGGUGCCAUGCUCUCAGGUGCCAUGCUCUCAGGUGCCAUGCUCUCAGGUGCUGUGCUCUCAGGUGCCAUGCUCUCAGGUGCCAUGCUCUCAGGUGCUGUGCUCUCAGGUGCCAUGCUCUCAGGUGCCAUGCUCUCAGGUGCCAUGCUCUCAGGUGCUGUGAUCUCAGGUGCCAUGCUCUCAGGUGCCAUGCUCUCAGGUGCCAUGCUCUCAGGUGCUCCCCCCCCGGCCUUGUUACCGCCACCACUUUCUGCCUGCCUUCAUAUUGCCCGCCUCUCUGCCUUCUCACCUGUGCCCUCGCCUUCCCAGGGCACUAGCAAGCGGGCAGGUGGUGGCGAUUUACCCAACCUCUGCCUGCCUUCACUAUUGAAGCACACCGGCAUCCUCCUCUCGCCCUUCCCCCCUGUGCUCCCUCUCCUCUCGCCCUUCCCCCCUGUGCUCCCUCUCCUCUCGCCCUUCCCCCCUGUGAUCCCUCUCCUCACAGGGCACUAG